AUGCCAGUACGAAACACCAGUUCAAAGAAUACGUCGAAGAUGUCGUCCGCAAGCACAGAUCUCUCAAGCUGCAACGAGCGUGUGCAAAUAAAAGUAUUAAUUCUCGGCGAUCGAGGCGUUGGGAAAACAUCAGCUGCACGGAAAUUCGUGGGGAAUACGUGCGAAAUUAUAAGCCAAGGAAUCUUGCGCAAAUCUCUACGUGUCAACAACAAGCAAUACGAGUUGAACGUGUUUGACACCGUCUCCGUUGAAGAAUUUGGAGAAGUACCACCAGAGUACAAGGACGUCGACAUAUGUCUUCUGAUGUACUCAGCAAGCGAUCUGAGUAGUUUCAAAAACUUGACGUAUUGGAUAUCCAAGUUCAAGAAAGAAGCGAACAUUAAAAAUGCCGAUACGUUCCCUUUCGUCGUUGUUGGCAACAAGCAGGACGUCCCCGAUUAUGCCAGACUAAUUUCAAGAAAAGAAGCGGAUGAUUGGUGCUGGAACAAUAAUCUUUGGCACUCAGAAAUAUCAACCAAAGAGGAGUCAACCAUCAACCGAAUAUUUGGUGUAGUGAUGGCAUUGUACGAGCGUCGACAAGAGGAAUUGGGACAGUCAAGUGGAACUAUCAAUCGCAUCCUUAUUAUUGAUGUUAUUAUAAGAACAAUGACAUGGUGUCUGCACUUCAAGAACUAA